CUCUACGGCCAGCCCAGCUGGUGGGGAGAUGGAUCCAGCGACAUUUAUCCGCGUCUGCCACGCAGUCGACGAGGAGGCUCUGUAACCGUCCCCGCCACUUCACGACACUCCGAGGACAUGUCGAAUCAAGGACAGACCGAGUCGACAAUGGGCACCUUGUGCAAUCUGGCCGAAUGGAUGGCCCCCUUUUUGGGGCAAAAUGGGGCAUUGACAGUUGCACGAAAGGGUCAUGCAGCAGGUGAAAAGGUAGGAUUUUCACUCGGACGGCAGAGAAACUUCCCUUUCUUUUGCACUUCGUCACUGGACGGAUGUACCCUGUGCUUUGUGCGUGUAUCUGUGCUUCUCGAUGCACAUUCGACUUGA